GCGCUACUCGCUUGGAACCCUUCUGCACUUUUCACCCGGCAUCGGAGAUGGCCAAGGAUCGGAACGGAGGAGAGCACGACAACGGUGCGAAGCGUCAUCGGAGUAAAUCCAAAUCAGAAUUAGAGCCUGACCCCGAUUCGAAUUCCGACGCCGACGAGGAGGAGGAGGAGAAGGAAUCCCGCAGAAAAAGAAGCAAGCACAAGAAGAGCAAAAGCCCUAGGAGGAGACGCUCGAGCGAAAGGGACUCUGACUCGUUGUCGUCUGAAUCUGAGUCUGAUGACGGCUCUUCCGAUUCGGAGUAUUCUGAGGACUCGGAUUCGGAGGAGGAGAGGCGGCGGCGGAGGAAAGAGCGGAAGAGGAGAGAGGAGAAGAGGGAAAAACGAAGGAGGGAGAAGGAGAAGGACAAGAAGAGGAAACGAAAAGAAGAGAAGAAGAGGAGAAAAAGGAAGGACAAGAAGAAAGAGACUGAGAAGGGGAAGACAGGCGCCGUCACCAAUUCGUGGGGGAAGUACGGGAUUAUCAGAGAAACCGAUAUGUGGAACAAACGGCCUGAGUUUACUGCAUGGCUAGCAGAAGUGAAACAGGUCAACCUGGAAAGUCUCCCUAAUUGGGAAGAGAAGCAACUGUUCAAAGACUUCAUGGAAGAUCAUAACACAGCCACUUUUCCAUCUAAAAAGUAUUACAAUCUGGAUGCUUAUUACCAGCGUAAAAUGGAGAAGGAAAUGAAGAAGGGAGUUACUAAAGUUGCGCAGUCAGAACGAACUGUAUUUAAUGAUGAAGAACAGAGAAGGCAAGAACUGCUUCAAGAACGUGAACGACAAAAGGCACAUCAGGUGGAGGAAUUGAAGCGAUCGAUGCAGAGUGGAAUGGCUCAAGCUAUGAAAGAGCAAGCUCAACUCCGGGAAGAGAUGGCUUACCAAUACAAGCUCGGUAACUUUGAGGCCGCUGCGGCUAUUCAACGAAGGCUGGAUCCAGAUGUGGCCAUGUAAGAAGAGUUCCUUCCGUGUUGGUUGGGCGAGGAACACAGACAAUGACUAGAGGAGGUUAAGUAGUUGAGAAAAUUUGGGCGGCAAGAUUAUCAUUACAUUUACAUAUUACUACAUACUGUUGUUACUACAGAUAGCAGUGUUGUCUCACUUCUACGUUCCCCUAGAAAGUACAAACAAGACAAGAAGAAACGGCAUCCUCUCA